AUGGCGAACCAGUUCUCUUUCCGUGACGCUUCCGUAUCAUUUAAUGAUGCUCAGUUCAUCGCUAAUGCAAUGGACUCGACCAUACCCCACCUUGUUGCGGCGGGAAACGCUGGUCAAUGGGGAACUGAGCCCCUUUCUAGUAAGGAAUCGUUCAUGGAGAAGAUGCAUGAUGCUGUCUCGAAAUCAGAGCAGUUCUGUAGAACGGGGACUGGUGAUCGAGAGAGGAUAUUUAUCGCCGAGGUUGAAGACGAUCAGGCUGACUCAGAAUCCACUGCAAACGGAAACCUCUCUCGCCGCGUGGACGACAAUGGAAACCCCUUUUUGUCCGUUGGUUUCGUCAAGAUUGUUGAAGAACAGUUCGUGAGCUAUCUGAAAGAGACAGAGAGUUUGAAAGCCCAGGUUGAACCUGCGUUGAAAAAGGGCAAGUUUGUCUUCCUCCAAUACCUCGUCACUGAUCACCGAGUCGGUGAUAGACGUCGCGGGGCUGGGGCUGCUCUCCUUCAGAAAGUCAAGGAUUAUACUCUUGAGCGUGGUUGGAAGACGAUCUGGCUUGAUUGCUGGGAUGGAGGUAAUGGGCAGUUGGUGCAGUAUGUUCCCAGAAGGACACCCUCAACUCGGUUCGUUUUUAAUGGUUACAGAUACUACGUUGAUCAAGGAUUUGAUAUCAUGGGGAGUUUUAGGGAUGAGGGUGAUGAUGAUGGGUCUUCUUGGAAUGGCAAACUUUUCAGUAUGGGCUUGCGCUAG